AUGGUACACAUUACAGUGAUUCAGCUUGUUGAUUCAAGUAUCUAUAAUAUUGAAAAUAAUGGCAACAGAGGUCACUUUUUUGAUGGUGUUGAUAAUAACAAAAACAUUGACGACAAGAUUGGCGAUCAUCUUGCUCAAAAUACAAAUGAGGAUAAUGAGUACAAUUACGUAUAUUUUGACGCUAUCGAAAAACCUGAGAAAACUGAAGGCGAGAUUAACGAUUUUCAAGUUCAAAAUACACAUGAGGACUACAAGUUCAACUACGUAUACGAUGACGCUAUCGAAAAACCUGAGAAAACUGAACGAGGGAUUAAUGAUUUACAAGUUCAAAAUACACAUGAGGACUACGAGUUUAACUACGUAUACGAUGACGCUAUCGAAAAACCUGAGAUAAAUGAAGACAAGCUUAACAAUCCCGAUGAUGCUGGGAAGAAGAAAGGUAACAAUGUUAACAAAAUCCAUGAAAUCAUUAAAGGAGAUGGAGAAAUUCAGAAUUAA